AUGGCGGGCAUUGAGCUGAUGCAAAUUGCCCAGAGGCGACUUCAGGAGUUCCGCCCAUUGUCUAUAUUGGGGGGAGAGGAGGGCCCGAAGCCCCUGGUAGCAGCAGCAGCAGCAGCAGCAGCAGCAGCAGGUUUCCCCUUCUGCUACAACAGCGACGGCCGGCCGCUGCCCCCACCCGGCUCAGCAGCAGCAAAGUCAGCAGCAGCAGCAGCAGCAGCAGCAGGGCUCAGCGGGGGCCCCCCAGGGGGCCCCCCGGGGGGGCCCCCAGGGGGGCCCCCAGGGGGGCCCCCAGGGGGGCCCCCGGGGGGCCCCACAGUUGUGGUGGUGCCCCCAGAAGGUAUUGAAGAAGUUCCUGCUGCGCAUGCACAAGGGGGGCCCCAUCAAGUUUCUAGAGACAGAGUGCUGCAUCAUAUAAAUAGAAUGAUGCCAAUACUGGAGCUGCGGUGGCUGACGCAGCAGCGGGAGCAGCAGCAGCAGCGGCAGCAGCAGCAGCUGCUGCUGCAGCAGCAGCAGGAGGAGCAGCGGCGCAUGCAGCAGGAACAGCUGCUGCUGCAGGAGAGGGAGGUGCAGCAGCAGCUGGCGGAAGAGGCCAAACAAAUUGCUGCUUCGCUGCCGCUGCGGCCGGCCCCCGAGAACCUGAAGCAGCAGCAGCAGCAGCAGCAGCGGAGAGGACUGCAGCAGCAGCAGCAGCAGCAAAAGCGGAAGCAAAAAGAAACUGACAACUUCAUUGAUGACUCAAUAGAAGGGGCUUUGAGCGAAGCAGAUGACGAGCUGCCGAGACACCGCAGAAGCAAAGGCAGCAGCAGCAGCAGCAGCAAAAAGAAAAAGAAGCAAAAGAAGCGGAAGCGCAGCAGCAACAGGGAGCAGGAGGGAGAUGCUGCAACAGACGAAGACGCAGAAGCAGCAGCAGCAGAGCAGCAGCAGCAGCAGCAGCAGCAGCAGCAGCAGCAGCAAGAGGAACGCCCCAGCAGCAAGAAGAAAGCGCGCAGGCUGCUGCGGCUGGCUGCUCGGGACCCCGAAGAUGACACGGACUCUGCAGCAGCAGCAGCAGAUGGGGAAGAAGCAGCAGCAGCAGCAGCAGCAGCAGCAGAGGGGGCCGAUGCUGCAGCAGCAGAUGGAGACGCAGCAGCAGCAGCAGCUGAUGGGGACGAAGUGCCCGCAGCAGCAGAAGAUGGAGGCGAAGCAGCAGAAGCUGAAGAAGGUGGGGAGGAAGCUGCAGCAGCAGCAAAUGGAGCCGAAGCAGCUACAGCAUCGGAGAGCCAAGAAGCAGCAGCAGCAGCAGCAGCAGCAGCAGCAGCAGCAGCAGAUCCACCAACUCAUUUACUGAAGCGCCCCCGCGACUUUGAGAGCGACGAAGAAGAGUCCAAUGCGUUAGCUGGAGCAGCAGCAGCAGGGCAAGAAGCAGCAGCAGCAGCAGCAGCAGCAGCAGCAGCAGCAGCAGCAGAGGGCAGCGAAGGCAGCAGCGACUCUGAAAACUCUCACGAUAGAAAGCGCCGCAAGAAACGCAAGAAGCACAAACGGAAGAAGCAGCAGCAGCAGCAGCAAGAGAGAGAGGCCUAUGAAUCCGACUGA